AUGCGUUGCAAGAGUCUUCGAACACUCAUCCUCUCGUAUUCGUUUAAAGGCGAGGAAAUGCCAGCUGAUAGUGGUAUGGUUGAUUUUGAUGGAUUCCAAAAUCUUCGAUAUCUGACUUUGUAUCAUUGUGAGCUCACUGGUCAAAUGCCUCUUUGGUUAUCCAAACUCAAGAAUCUAGAGAUCUUGAGUCUGAAAGGUAAUCGAAUUACAGGGCCAAUUCCUAGUUAUUUGGGGACUCUUCCAAAUCUCUUUUGCAUAAGCUUGGCUGACAACCUAAUUUCAGGUGAAUUUCCAAAAGAACUUUGUCGACUGCCAAGGUUGGUGCAUGAACCUACUGCAGCUCAAGUAGUAGACGAUUAUCUUGAAUUGCCUAUCUUCACUGCUGCAGCCCAAAAUCCAAUCUUUUACCCUCGCAGGUUGUCUAACUUCGCACCAGCAAUAGACCUAUCUCUCAAUCACAUUAAUGGCAGAAUACCUUCUGAGAUCGGAAAAAUGCGUCUUCUCCACAUUUUGGAUCUUAGCAUCAAUAACUUCUCCGGCAACAUUCCAAAUGAAAUAUCCAACCUAAAAAAUUUAGAGAAUUUAAGCCUCUCUAUGAAUCAUUUGUCUGGACAAAUCCCGUCGUCAUUGGCGAGCCUCAGUUUCUUAAAAUCUUUUAAUGUCUCAUACAAUGAUCUCGAAGGACCAAUCCCAACAGGCACUCAGCUCCAAACUUUGAAUGCUUCUGAAUUUAAGGGGAACUCAAAACUUUGUGGUUCUCCACUUCCAAAUGAGUGUCUAAACAAGAGCAUCAAUGUAGAUAAUAAAAACCACCUAGUUUUGGACAAUGAGCAUCAAAUUCCAUGGUUUUAUAUUUUUUUCGAGUUAGGUUUCAUUGUAGGAUUUUGGGGAGUAUGUGGUUCUUUAAUUAUUAAGAAGACAUGGAGAUACACGUAUUUUCAAUUCGUAGACAAUUUACAAGAUAGGCUCUAUGUGAUGAUGACAGUGCACAUGAGAAGAAGGCUUAGAGGCUAG